CAUACCCUCACAUGUUUGGGCAAUGUUCCCUAUAAAUGUUUACCUUUCGAUUGUCAGCUAGCUUGCCACGUGGAUAUAGACUCUCAUCUUGUCGUUCACUUGCGAAUACGCCUUCUUCAGGGUAAGAUAUUAUUUGGAAUAAUAUACCUAGGAUCAAUCUAAAACAGAAUAUUCAUCAAUGUCCAUCAUGGGGUUCACAGGGACGGAACCGGGCUAUUGGUUGCUUGCUGGAGUACUUGGUCUUCUCGUAGCUUGGUUGGUCAAACAUCUGCUAACCAGGCCCAAGAACCUUCCACCAGGCCCCACUGGACUACCUUUCCUGGGUGUAGCGUGGCAAUUCGUCAAGGGUGGGUCGAAUCCUCUUGCUCUCUUCGCAUCAUGGUCCAAGAAGUACGGUGAGAUGGUAUCCUUCUACGUUGGUCCAAAGCCGAUCAUCAUCCUCAACUCCUACCCAGUCAUCUUCGAAGCCUUUCGUCAUCCCGAUCUCCAAGAUCGACUGAACAGCCGAAUACUUCAAGAAAUAAUGGGAUUAAAGAACAGCGGUAUUGUACUUUCUAUCGGAGAAGUCUGGAAGGAGCAGCGUAAGUUCACCCACUCUGUAUUCCGGAGUCUUGGCGUUGGUAAGAAGAGCUAUGAGGAUACCGUAGCAGCCGAGAUGACCCAGCUUUGCUCAGUCAUCAAAGAAAAGAAAGGUUCUCCUUUUGACCCCAGCACUCACUUUAUGCAAGCCAUUUCCAACGUCAUUUGCUCUAUUGUCUUCGGCACACAGUACACAUACGACGACGCCGCGUUCAACAAAAUUUUGGACCUGGUGAACAUGAAUGUACAAUUGGCAGGAGGGGGCGGAUCGUUUGUGUUUCUGCCAAUUCCUGGUAUUUCCAAGAUUCCGUUUGGUAAAAUGAAGCUCUUCACAGACAACAUUCGGACCUUCACCGCCUUCAUCCAGUCUCAGAUUGAGUCUCAUGAAAAGAAUCGGGAUCCAGAUAGCCAGAGGGAUUUCAUCGACCAGUACCUCAAUAAGUUGGAUGAAACCAAGGACACAGUUUCUUCAUUCACCAAACUCAAUUUAACCGUUUGUAUCGCCGACCUCUUCUCCGCUGGGUCUGACACGACAACUACUACCCUAAAGUGGUGCAUCCUCUACAUGAUGGCCUACCCACAGGUUCAGUCACGUGUUCAAGAUGAACUUGAUCACGUGGUUGGCAGAGAACGAAUCCCAAGGCUGGAUGAUAUCAAAGAUCUUCCCUACACCAAUGCCGUUAUCUUAGAGGUCCAACGGAAGGGUGUGGUAGUCCCACUAGGUGUGCCCCAUGUGGCUGCUGCGGAUACCACCAUACGAGGCUACACCAUACCGAAGGGCGCCAUCAUUGUGUCCAACAUUUUCGAGGUGCUGAAUAGCGAGGAGCUUUGGAAAGACUCUGGGGCCUUCGAACCUGAGAGGUUUCUGACCGCAGAUGGAGAGCUUAUCAAGAGAGAUGAACUCAUCUUCUUCAGCACUGGUCGCCGUGUCUGUAUCGGAGAGCAGCUAGCCCGGAUGGAAACAUUCUUGGGUUUCACAAGCCUCCUUCACCGAUUCACUUUCAAGAAACCUGACGACUCACCGACUCUUUCUUUUGAAGGAGUAUUGGGUAUAUCAAGGAACCCUGUUCCCUACAUGACAUGUGCUGUAGCAAGAGAAUGAAAAUGAC